AUGAGCAGCGGCCAGCAGCGAGGCGGCGCCGGUGCCGGGCCGCAGCACGCGCCCGACCACAUCAAGCGGCCCAUGAACGCCUUCAUGGUCUGGUCGCGCGGACAGCGCCGCAAGAUGGCGCAGGACAACCCCAAGAUGCACAACUCGGAGAUCUCGAAGCGGCUGGGCGCCGAGUGGAAGCUGCUCUCCGAGAUGGAGAAGCGGCCCUUCAUCGACGAGGCGAAGCGGCUCAGGACUAAGAAGACCUGUGCAGAUAUCAUCUGGUUUGCCACUGUAUUUGCUACCACCCAGGGAGCGACGCCAGCUGUACGGCGGGGCAGCGACGCGGACGCCGAUCCGACGGCAGCGACGGAGGCGGCGACAGCGGCGCCAGAUAGGGCCGGGCCGUCCUUUGUGGGGGCGGCGCACAACACGGGCGGCCACAAUGGCGGCGCUAAGACCGGCGCUUCGCCGCUUUGUGCCGCUGUUUUGUCGCGUCCCAUUAGCGCAGGUGAGCGGCCGGCGCACAAUGGCCGCUAUCUGGCGCCGCAGCCCGCCACCUUGCCCGCCCCGACAAUACUAAUUUUACGGCAUUGUAGGCGCCCGCUCGGCCGCGAGCGCCCAUUUGACGCCGCGAGCCGGACGCGUGCCCAGCUCACAGUUUGCGACAGCGGUCGCGCCCUCUCCGCCGUCCUGGCGCUGCCACGCGGCCUCUGA